AUGGACCAAUUAUGGGUGAAGUGCACUUUGGAGCACUACGAUACUACGUCUGUGAAGAAGUUCGAUGGAUCUCUGUUCGUAGACACAAGCGACAACUCCUUCAAAAUUAUAUCUAGUAAUAAAACAGAGCAUAAGUUCUAUGCAAGCGAGUUUAACCGCUUAGGAAAACCGCCAAGUAAAAGUACGGCCAAACAGUUCGAUCUCGAAUUCAAUUUGUCAAAGCAGUUACCAGCGAAACAUCAUAUAAGAAAAAGAAAACUGGUAUUUCGAGUGGCGGAGUUUUCUCAACGGAUCAGAGAUGUUUACGACGAGUUGGCAAAAAUUUUCCCUAGAGGAGCAAGUGCCGAUCGAGAACCUUCGCGUAAAGUUACUUCUCCGGUAGGUAUGCUCCGUAGUCGUCCAGAAACAAGCAAACGAAGUCGACAGGAUGUAACAGGGCGACCACCGUCUUUUGUCACAGAAACGCCACAGCAGAACAAAAACUACGAAGCCAGGCGGCACUCCUACCUCCAGCUCGAGACCGCGAAGCCGAACUAG